GUUUCCUCCUCUCUGAUUCUCUUCCUGGUGCCUGAAACACACACAGUCUAACAACCUGACAGGACAGAAACCAAAGACUCCCACAUCCAGCAUCCCUGCAUCAACAGCAGACAAUCACAAUGAACCAUUAACAUCACAAAAAGCCGCACCGCAGAAAACAAAAGAGCCUGCUUGAUCUGUCCUCCAGCGGAGACCUCCAUCACAGGCUGGGAGUGGCUGCGGGUCUUUGUGAAUCGGGGCAGAGAGGAGAGGAGGAUUGAGGCGUUCCAGUGUUCGCACCCUGAGAUGCUCUGCAGGUUAGAGGAGGAAGAGGAGAUGUCUCUACUGGAGCUUCAGCAGAGGGUGGACUGUAUCAUCACCCAUGUUGAUGAGAUUAUGCAGCAGGAGAUCAGGCCAUUGCUGGCUGUCGACAUAAUUGAACAACUUCACAGGCAGUUUGCUCUUCUUUCAGGAGGAAGAGGACAAGAGGGAUCUCCCAUCAUCACCUUCCCAGAGUUCUCAGGUUUUAAUGAGGUUUCAGAUGAGGAUUUCAUUAAUGUUGUCACGUACCUGACCAGCAUACCAAGCAUGGAUGCUGCCAGUAUCGGCUUCAUCAUCAUCUUGGACCGGAGGAAGGACAAAUGGAACUCAGCAAUCACUUCUCUGGCACGGAUAGCGGGCUCCUUUCCAGGAAACCUACAGCUAGUUCUAGUUCUGAAACCUUCGCGCUUCCUCCAGAGGGCCAUCGCUGAUGUCAGUAUGAGGUUACACAGAGAUGACUUCAAAUUGAAGGUACCGAUUGUUAUGCUAAAUUCCCUGUCUGACUUGCAUGGCUACAUUGAUAAAGGCCAGUUGACCUGUGACCUCGGGGGAACCCUGGACUAUUGCCACAGUCAAUGGAUUCAUCAUCGCACAGCCAUUGAGAACUUUGCGCUGACAGUGAAGAGCACAGCACAGAUGCUGCAGCAGUUCGGAACAGAUCUGGCAGAAACUGAACUUCCCAAUGAUGUGCAGUGCACCAAAGAUUUGCUCAUCACACACACUGAAAAACACGAUAAGCUCAAGGAUGAGCUAAAAUUGGCUGUAAAACAAGGGAAUACUCUGUUGUCCUGCAUUAAAGACCAGGCCACUAAAGCCGAGAGCCACAUUUUGAACCCAGAUGAGGUUGAGAACCAAACAACCGUUGAGAGGUUGUUAGCGCAGCUUGAUGAGACAGAGAAUGCGUUUGAACAGUUCUGGUCAAGACAUCACCUCAAAUUAGAGCAGUGCCUACAGUUACGACACUUUGAGCAGGACUUCAGAGAGGUGAAAGUUUCUCUGGACGGCCUGACAGAGGCCUUGCUGGGACUGUCGGACACCGGAGACUGCGUGGCUCGUGUGGAACAGCUUUUGGGAGAACUGAAAACCUUGGAGGACAAAGCUCAGGAGUGUUUGGAGAAAGCUCAGCUUCACGCUCAGCAUGGGGAUCAGCUCAUUCAGAGUAAUCACUACGCCAUCGACUCCAUUCGCCCCAAGUGUGUGGAACUGCGUCGGAUCUGUGACGACUUCAGCAAUGAGGCCAAAAAGAAACGUGACGUUCUGACCAAAUCACUUGAAAUCCUCAAACGAAUCGAUGAGGUGAACCAGUGGUGUGAGAGCGGAGUGUAUCUGCUGGCCUCUCAGGCUGUAGACAGAUGUCAAACACAGGAAGGUGCAGAAGCAGCGCUGCAGGACAUCGAGAGGUACAUGAAAACAGCCAAAGAACAGCAGCUCAGUCACCUCAAAGAACUCAACAAUCAGUAUGAGGUCAUCCUCUCAGAGCUGCUCAAGAGCAAAGUUCAAACUGCCUUGAAAACGCUGAACGAUGUCCAAGAGAUGUUUGAGAAAAGACACGCAAGUCUGAAAAAGCUUUCCGCAAAGCAAACAAGGCCUGUGCAACCUGUUGCACCUCGACCAGAAUCUUCACCAAAACGCCCCUCACCUAAAAUCCCCCAUCCCACUCCACCAACAGCACACCGCAAAACUACAGAGAACUCCAGCACCAAUAAACAGCCCAGUGAUGCAGAACUGGCAAAAAGAAAAAACAUCCGCAAAGCCAAAGGUGGCAUUAAGAUUGAGGUCAUGCAUGAAGGAGGCCAAGGAGGUUCGAGUCAUGUUUUAAUGAACAAUGAAACUGAAGAGUCACUUUCAAACAGACGCAGUCACAUUAUGAAUGAACUGAUUGAGACAGAAAGGCUGUAUGUGGAGGAGUUGCAGAGCAUCAUAGAGGGGUACGCCGCGGCACUCGAUGACCCAGAACUCAUCUAUCUGAUCCCACCAUCUCUGGAAAACAAGAAGGAAGUUCUCUUUGGGAACCUGCCAGAAAUCUACCAAUUUCACCAGAAGACAUUUCUCAAAGAGCUGGAAAAUUCUGCCGAAAAGCCGGAGUUGGUGGGCACAUGUUUUUUGAAGCGGAAAGAAGAGUUGCAGAUUUAUGAGAAAUAUUGUCAGAAUAAGCCACGCUCUGAAGCUUUGUGGCGGCAGUGCGGGGACAGUAUGUUCUUUCAGGAGUGUCAGAAAAGGUUGGACCACAAACUUUCAUUAGAUGCAUAUCUGCUAAAGCCUGUGCAGAGAAUCACCAAAUACCAGCUAAUGUUAAAGGAGAUGCUGAAGUGCAGUAAGAACCCAGAAGGCACCGCUGAGCUGGAGGAAGCUCAGGCCACAGUGCUGGACAUCAUCAAAUCGGUCAACGACUCCAUGCAUCAGAUCGCCAUCACUGGUUUUGAGGGCAGUUUGAAUGAUUUGGGGAAACUGCUUAUGCAGGGGUCGUUUAAUGUCUGGACAGACCAUAAGAAAGGUCAUAGUAAGGUGAAGGACUUGGCACGCUUCAAACCCAUGCAGAGACAUCUCUUCCUCUACCACAAAAUGAUAUUGUUCUGCAAGAAACGUGAGGAGAUGACUGAUGGCCAUGAAAAAUCCCCUUCCUACAGUUUCAAGCACUCAUUAAAGAUGGGCUCAGUGGGAAUCACAGAAAAUGUGAAGGGAGACAUCAAGAAGUUUGAAAUCUGGUACAACGGCAGAGAAGAAGUUUACAUCAUUCAGGCCCCGUCCAUGGAUGUGAAGAACACAUGGGUAUCAGAAAUCCGCAAAGUCUUAACAAGCCAGCUGGAAGCCUGCCGAGAAGCCAGUCAGCUCCAUCAGAAGAUUACAGAGAACAUCUACCAUGCCCCCAUGAGAAAUAUGCGUAAAACGGCUCUCAGACAGUCCGACUCUUCCAGUCCUGAAACAGGCUACAGACGGAGCGACUCAGGCCCAAAUAUGCGUCAGAAACGAGGAUGGAGUCAACGGCGUCUGCCUUUCAAUGGAUGCGAGGAUUUCGAGACCAUUCCGUCUAGUGCGAAGAGCUGCUAUUCCUCUGAUGGAGAGGAUGAAGGACACAACAAAAACGGGGAUAAUGACCGCUAUCAGGUGCAGUUGACGUAUGAGUCUGGCACUGCUCAGGAUCUUUCUGUAGAAGCUGGAGAUUUUGUACAAUUCCUGGAAGAAUCGGAGAACGGGCUCUGGCUAGUCAAGAACCUUAGAACUCAGAAGACAGGACUGGUGCCGCCCACUGUCCUGCAGUCCGCAGCAGAGGAACUAGACCUUUACAGUAACUCCGAUAUUUUCAGUGACCUCUGCACCGCUGCACUCACCGAUACUGAGGACGAUAUCGGUGGGACAAAUCCUGCUCAGGACGGCAGAUUUACAUGCUAAACAUCACAUGAUGUGUCUUCGAUUUCCACAGCACCAUCCUUAUCCACAAUUUUCUCUACAAUGCAAUGAGGUGGCAUUAUUUUCCUCUGUUCCUCAUCUAAUAUUAUAAAAGCAUGAUAUUAGAAUGAACAAAAACUUUAUGCAGACCACAAAUACUCAAAACAAGCCUUUCUGCUGCAAUAUUACAGAUGUGUGUUGGAUAUUACUGUAUUGUAGGAAAUACAAAGAGAAAGUAAUCUGGAGGAACAAAACUCCACAGAUAUGAUCAUGAUCAAUUAGUGAGUAUAAUGUUAUUUUGAUGAUGGUUAAAAAUGAAGCACAAUGCCAAACGUACCUCAUAGUUUGGGAUCAAUACAAUUUUUAACUGUUUUACUUACCAAGGAUUAAUUUGUUUGAUCAUUAAUACAGUAUGAAGCUGCGCAAAUCGUGAAAUAUUAUUACAAUUAAAAUGAUGUCAUUUUAAAUUCAGUUUACCAAUGUGGUUUAAAGCUGAAUAUGAGCAGCGUCACAUGAUCCCUCAGAGAAAAUGAUAAUAUCUUGAUCUGCUGUUCAAGAAACAUUUAUUAUCGUUAUCAUCAUUGUUGAAAACGGUUGGGCCGCUUCAUAUUUUUGUGGAAACUGCGAUAGCAAAAGUACUGUUACAAUUUAUUUCUUUUAAUUCAUCAAGGAUGCAUUAAAUUGUUCAAGAGUGAAAGUAAAAUAGACAUUUAGAAUGCGGAAAUCUUACAAAAAGUCAAAUGUAUCAUAUUUUCUACAAAACUAAAAAGCAGGGAAAAUGGUUUCAAUGUUGAAACUAAGAAUCGCUAUUAAUGAUUGAGUAAAAAAACUAUUUUAAUAGACUAUAUAUUAACCCUUAUGUGCUGUUCGGGGUGUGUUCAUCCACUCUGAGGUGAUUUAGAAUCUUAAUUUGGCCACAACUUUCUCUGUGUUUCAGCAAAUGGAAUGAUUUUUGGUGACAAAUCUUAUUGGUUCCCUAACACGUGGUUUGGGACAUUUUUUUGAUUGCAAUACCAUAUUAUCAUGCAUUCUUGAUUGUUGGUGGUUUCCCUGUUGGGAAAAGGUAAAUUUACUCAUUUUUACUGUUCAUCACGAGUUGCAGUGCAAAAAAAGCUUAGUUUCUGGCUUAAAGGGCACCUAUGGUAAAAAAAUCUACUUUUCAAGCUGUUUGGACAGACAUAUGUGCAUGUAUGGUGUAUAAUUGGAGCGGUUUUCAAACCGACCGCAACUUUACGUAGGAGAGCGGUCCCCCCGCCCACCAAUAUUGAUUGACAGGCAUAUCAUAUCCUCAGUUUGUUGAUUCACGUCCACCAUUUCCAGCGUGAGUCGAAGCAAUAUCACUAAAGGAACACCCUUGCUCUAUUUUUAGAUGCAAGGCUCAUUGGUCUAAUCGGAAUUAUUGGUUGUAUCUUUAGGUAGGUUUGCAAACAUGUGUACUUCUCAUUGAGUCUACCUUAUACUUCAGCCGUUUGCAUUUCUCGCGAUCCCAGAAGCUCCCUGUGAUCUUAACUAGCAUGCGUUUUAGAAUUCUAAACAUAGGUUUCUAUCAGGGUACACUCAAGUCGACGGCUGGGCGCCGCGGACCGCUGCAGAAACCUAUGUUUAGAAUUCAAAAAUGCGUGGCGCGACGAUUCAGGACACUUCAUGUUUCUGCCGCGGCACAGAGAGUGUCUGGUGUGUCGUGUCGUGGCUUCGAGCGGCGCAUCCGGUGCCUCAGUCAAAGUUAAUUCAGUGUGCGUGGUUAUUAGUUUCUGUGUACAAGCUCGGCACAUGAAACUAGCACACAGUUGGCUGUAAAACUGUACAAAGACACAUAUGAUUUUGUACUCUCUGCUUGGUCUGUGUCCGAGUCGUACAUGUACGACUGAAUGCUGAUCCUCUCCUCCUCCUUUCAAUCUGCCUGUCUGUGUUGCAAACACAGAGCGGGUCAUGGUCCCGCCCCCUUGUUACGUUGGGCUGGAAUCCGAAACUAGUCUACAUGUGAAGCAACACACCCCUAAAUCAGCGAACUGUGGACACGCCCCCAACAUGACACUUUUUAACACAUUAUAAUAAAACAAUCUGAAUUGUGUUUUAAACUGAACCUAAACUGGCACACUCAGAAGAACCAUAAUAUUAAUAUUAAAUCAUAAAAAAGAGGUAAACUAUGUGCCCUUUAAAGUUAUAUGGCUUAAUGGAGUAUUGUGUGUGUGUGUGUGUGUGUGUGUGUGUGUGUGUGUGUGUGUGUGUGUGUGUGUGUGUGUGUGUGUGUGUGUGAGGGCGUGUGUGAGAAAGACUUUAGCGCACUUACCUUAAUAUGUUUGAAAAGACAAGCAGCUCAGCUCUCAGAACAUAGUAAACAUAGGAAGUGUAUUUAUGCACACACAGUAUAAUCUGCUGUUUUCCUCAAUAGGACCCCAUAUAAAAGUCUGAAUUUUUUUUCCACUAUCUAAAGGGUUAAUGCUGCCAACCGAUGAUCAACAGUAAAAUUUAAAGUUGUACCUCUUCCCAACAAAGAAAAACACCAACAAUCAAGAAUGCAUGAUUAUUUGCAGUCAUGGCUUUGCAAUUCAAAAAUGUGAUUAUAAUGAGAGUCAAUGGGGCAAAUACAGCCAUGAACAUUACAAAUGGGUAGUCAAUUUGAACAGUACAAAAGGGUUAAUAAAAGUCAUAAAAGGACAUCAAAACUAUGAUUUCUGAAGGGUCAUGUGCAAUGUUGGGUACAUUACCCCCUCAAAAAAUAUAGAUUACAAAUUGCUGAACACUACUUGAAAAUUGUAAUCUGAUUACAUUGCAAAUUACGGCAUGUAAAAGUACUCAGUUUACUAUCAAGUACUUUGAAAACAUAUCAAGCCUUAGAAAAAUGCACGACAGUCAAAAUUGUACUUCUUUGACUGAAAAAUCUUAAAAAGGCUUGAAGACAGCUAUUUGGCUUAAAGUCCAAAAGAUUAAAUUAAUUUUUAGAACUUUCUGGAACAUUCGGAACGAUGUGGUAUCUUUAAAUGUGCCUGUACAAUAUUUCAUACACAACAUUGUUUGCUAACUGUGUUAUAUGUCUAUGGUAAAACUUUUUAUUUUUGAUUUUUAAUUGUGAGAGCGCUAUAGAUAGAAGGAGUGUUAUCAGUUCGGAUAACAUUUAAAAACAGUAUUGGCGAACAUACACACAGCACAUGCCCAAUAACUGACUAAACAUGAUUGCAAAUUCACGAAUACGUUUUUGAAUUCGAUUUUGAUCAGAAAUUCAAAAUGUGAUUUUAAAAAGUAUAUAAUUAUUAUUUUUUGAACACUUAAUUUAUAACAUAUGUAACAACAAUAUUGACUUUAGUAAUUGUAAUCAAAUUGCACAAAUUUAAAAUGUAAUGCAUUACAUUAAUCCGUUGCCAGAAAAUCGAAUUAGAAUACAGAAUUGUAUAAUGACUUUCGUAUUAAUGACGUAUUAAUGUUUUGAUUUAGCGGCUAAUUUGGAUGAAUGACGAAUCCCAAAUCCCCCAAUGAUGUUUUGUGGACAUGCCUCCUUUUACAAAUCUUACAAAUUUAAUUGUAUUGAAUUAGCCACUUUUCUGACACCACGUAUAAUAAUAGUAAUAUAAUAAUUGGUUUGGGACUUGUAGAGCUGCGUAUCGAUGGAUUUGCUCUUUAGUGUUUGGACUUGCAGCAUUUAACAAUUUCAGUGUUUGGACUUGCAGCAGUGUGAAAUUUAAAUCACACUGAACUGAACUGAACUGAACUUCAACUCUGAAAACUGGACUGACACAGUUUCAAUUUAUUUCAACGUCUAUGUUAAGCUGCCUUGACACAAUCUACAUUGUAAAAGCGCUAUAGAAAUAAACAUGAAUUGAAUUGAAUAAUAAAUAUGUUUCCUCAUGAGAUCAAGCUGGAAAUACUUAACUCUGAUCAUGACACUGAAUCACAAUAGUAAACAUGAUCAAUCUUAUGAACAUCUAAACCAAUUACUUUAUAUGUAAAUAAUAUCUCACUAUAUUCAAAUAAAUGCAUCCUUGGUGAGGAUCCCAAACUUUUUGACUGGUAGAAUAUAUGGAUUGUUUUCUUUUUAAAGCAAAACCUUAUUUAAAACACUUAGUUUAGAUUCUUUUAAAUUCGAUUCUUUUAAAAAGAGGACCAAACAGCAAGUGCAACCCAUAAUUUGAAAGGCAGGUGGAUCCAUCGUAGUCCGCACACUCAUGAAUGAAUAUGUCAACUCUGCUGCUAUUGGAGCGUUCUAACUGACCAAUCAGUGUGGAUUUCAGUCACAUUGCAGUGGAAAAUUCAGCCUUCGUUUUCACUCUGCUGUGCCUUGGCAGCAAACGCAGGCCUUUUUAAACCGAAACCCCCCCAGAUGUAACCAUGACUGAAACACUGAGAGAAAGAGACUCCUAACUCCAUCCUGCUGAAACUUCCAGUGAAAUGCUACUAUAUACUUGAUUUUGUCGUUCAUUGCUUGUUUGCAUAUGAGAGAGACUGUUGGUCAGAAAUACAGCACUUUUAUUAUUCUCUAAGGUAAUGUAUACAAUAUUUAUACUCUCUUUUAUAUUCUGACAUGAAAGUUGUAUAAGCCAUGUGUAAAGCUUGCUCUGUGUGUAAAGCUGUAAAUGUUUAAUCUUCUUAUUUGCCUCUACUUGAUAUAUUCAUCUUUAUCAUGGACUGGAUGUAAAUACUUUUUUUAAUGGAGAAAAAAAAAUUGAAAGACCACUUGAAAAUGUUCAGUUUCUCUGGAUUUUCUAAAUGUUUUAUGGUUUUUCUAGGUUUGGGUAAAAUGUUAAUAUUUAUUUUAUUCUAUCAAAGUUUGAGAACAUCUUGAACAAAUUUGAUAAACUAUUAUGAUAUUGACUUUGUUUGUUUUGUCUGGUUUUAUCUGGUCUGGGUUUGUUUUGUCAGUUUUUUUUUUGUUUGUUUUGUCUAGUUUUAUUUUUUGGUCUGGUUUUAUUUUAUUUGUUUUUUGUUUUUGUUUUGCUUUGUCUGAUUUUGUUUUGUCUACUUUUGUUUUUGUUUUGUUUUUGGUCUGGUUUUAUUUUAUUUGUUUUUUAGUUUUGUUUUGUCUGGUUUUGUUUUAUCUAGUUUUGUUUUGGGUCUGGUUUUAUUUUAUUUGUUUUUUUUUUGGUUUUGUUUUGUCUGGUUUCGUUUUAUCUAGUUUUGUUUUGGGUCUGGUUUUAUUUUAUUUGUUUUUUUGGUUUUGUUUUGUCUGGUGUUGUUCUGUUCCGUUCUGUUUAGUUUAGUUUAGUUUAGUUUAGUUUAGUUUAGUUCUGCUCUGUUCUGUUCUGUUCUAUUCUGUUUAGUUUAGAUUAGAUUAGAUUAGUUUAGAUCUGUUCUGUUUCUUUUGUUUUUAGUUUAGUUUAGUUUAGAUUAGUUUAGUUUAGUUUAGAUUAGUUUAGUUUAGUUUAGUUUAGUUUAGUUUAGUUUAGUUUAGUUUAGUUUAGUUUAGUUUAGUUUAGUUCUGCUCUGCUCUGCUCUGUUCUGUUUAGUUUAGAUUAGUUUAGUUUAGAUCUGUUCUGUUUCUUUUGUUUUUAGUUUAGUUUAGUUUAGUUCAGUUCAGUUCUCUUCUGUUUGUUUGUUUUAGUUUAGUUAGAUCUGUUCUGUUUUGUUUGUUUUUAGUUCAGUUCAGUUUAGUUUAGUUUAGAUUAGUUUAGAUCUGUUUUGUUCUGUUCUGUUUGUUUUAGUUUAGUUUAGAGGUGUUCUGUUUUGUUUGUUUUUAGUUUAGUUAAAUCUGUUCUGUUUUGUUUGUUUUUAGUUCAGUUCAAUUUAGUUUAGUUUAGAUUAGUUUAGAUCUGUUUUGUUUGUUCUGUUCUGUUCAGUUCUGUUUGUUUUAGUUUAGUUUAGAGGUGUUCUGUUUUGUUUGUUUUUAGUUCAGUUCAGUUCAGUUUAGUUCUGUUCUAUUUAGUUUAGUUUAAUUUAGUUUAGAUCUGUUUUGUUUGUUUUUAGUUUAGUUCAGUUCUGUUCAGUUCUGUUCUGCUCAAUUUCUUUCUGUUCUGUUCUGUUUAAUUCCGUUUUGUUUUGCUUGUUUUAGUUCAGUUUUGUUUUGACUGGAAUUACAUUUUUUUCACUAAAUAUUUAUUUUUCUAAUUUCUAAU